CCUUUUAUGUGUUGGUGCUCUUAUUAUCUUAAUCACAUUCUUGAUCUUCUACGCUCAUCCUAAUCAUGGGUGGAAGUUCCCUCCAACUUCUCCUCACUUUUUUUCUCUUUUUGUUGUGCAUGAAACCAGCCCUUGGAAAUUAUUGGGGUGUGGAAGAUGCUAACCUCGGCUGCAAAGAGCAUGAGAGACAAGCACUUAUCAAGAUUAAAGAAGACCUUAUUGAUGAUUAUGGCCAUCUUUCUUCCUGGAGUACUAAAGUGGGGAGAGAAGAUUGUUGCAAAUGGAGAGGGGUCAACUGUAGCAACCAAACAAGCCACGUAAUCCAGCUCAAUCUUAGUAUCUCAGAUGUGGAACCUUUGAGAGGUGUUGCUGUGUAAGCCUCAGACUCAGAAUAAAUUUCUUUGGGAG